AUGCGCAUCAUCUCAUCUUGUGGUGCACUGCUGUCAGUCUACUACCCGCAGAUCUUCCUCAUCCUCACCAGCGGUAGCUACCUCGCUCUGUCAUCUGUGGUGGCUUUGGGCGCCAACAUCAUCUGCAACAAGAUCCCCGGCCUGGCCCCCAGACAGCGUGCCAUUUGCCAGAGCCGCCCAGAUGCCAUUAUUGUCAUCGGCGAGGGUGCCCAACUGGGCAUCAAUGAAUGUCAGUACCAGUUCCGCUAUGGCCGCUGGAACUGCUCCGCCCUUGGAGAGAGGACUGUGUUUGGCCAAGAGCUGAGAGUAGGUAGCAAGGAGGCUGCAUUCACAUAUGCUAUCACAGCAGCAGGAGUAGCUCAUGCGGUUACAGCAGCCUGCAGCCAGGGCAACCUCACCCACUGUGGCUGCGACCGUGAGAAACAGGGCUAUAGUGACCAAGAGGAGGGUUGGAAGUGGGGGGGCUGCUCAGCUGAUGUAAAAUAUGGUAUGGAGUUCUCACGUAAGUUUGUGGAUGCUCGUGAAAUUAAGAAAAACGCACGUCGGCUGAUGAAUCUACACAACAAUGAAGCAGGGCGAAAGGUUCUGGAAGAGAGGAUGAAGCUGGAGUGUAAAUGUCAUGGCGUCUCUGGCUCCUGCACAACUAAGACAUGCUGGACAACACUGCCCAAAUUCCGGGAGAUUGGUUACAUUCUGAAGGAGCGGUACAGCACAGCAGUGCAAGUGGAGGCAGUAAGGGCUACACGACUACGUCAACCCUCUUUCCUGCGGCUCAAGCAAGCACGGGGAUAUCUGAAACCCACUGACACAGAUCUGGUGUAUUUGGAGCGAUCACCCAACUACUGUGAGGAGGACGCUGCUACGGGGAGUGCAGGGACCCGCGGCCGUCUUUGUAACCACACUUCGCCCCAUAUGGACGGCUGCAACCUGAUGUGCUGCGGCCGUGGUCACAACACCCACCAGUACACUCGUGUAUGGCAAUGCAACUGCAAGUUUCAGUGGUGCUGCUUUGUCAAGUGCAACACCUGCAGUGAGAAGACAGAGGUGUUCACUUGUAAAUGA